AUGUAUCGAGAAAAUCAACUACCUAGGAUGAAAACUUUACCUAAUUUGCCAAGUGUAAACAAUUUACGAUCGACUUGACUAAAACAAAACCGUCAAUUCUCCCACAAAAUGAGAGUAAUUUUUAAUUAGAAUAUCAAAGAACUUUUGAAUAAAUUAGAAUUCCAUUCACCUGAUUAUGAAUUCAUAACAUUAGAAGAAGCUUUAAGAGGAGUAGGCGACAUUCAUCCUGAUGGCAAAGUUUUUCGAUUACUUCCCCGCUCCGUGAGUGAACAAAAAAUUUUGUUUUUCAUUAUAGGGGUUAAUUUUUUUUUUAAAAAAUCUAAUAUAGCGCCUUGCUAUAAUUUUUGGGAGGCCUCUGGCAUGUAGAGUAAUCUCCACACGCCAGAGGCCUCCUAAAAUUAUAGCAAGGCACUAUAGUAUUUUUUUUUUCGAAAUCAAAAUGAUUGGAAAGCAAAUAUUAAUUUAAUUUGUAAAAUUUAUGUUUAAAAUGCUAGCUGUUUUAAAAUUAAAUAGAAUUAACUAGAGAGAUUUCCUUAUAAUAAUUAUUAUUUAUAUAUCAAAAUAUUUUUAUAUUAAAAAAAUUUUUGCUAGCUUACAGAGGGUGGGGUUUUGGGUAAAAAAUAGGGAUUUUUUCCAAUUAUUUGAUCGCUCACGGAGUGGGAGUUGGAUCUCAAAGACGAUAAAGAUGCGUCUCGUAAAUUAAAACCUGCAAAAAUCCAUGAACUGAAAGAAAAACAGCAAGAUAUGGAUAAAAUGGUAUGAGACAUGCAAGACGCACUGGACGAUUUAAUCAAAGAAAGCAAUGCCCAGAUGAAUUAUUUAGAAGAUAUUGAUGAGCUUUUAAGCGUAAUUGAAGGUAGGCUGUCUCCUACUGAAGAAAGAAAUGCUAUAGGAACCGUUGGCAGUUCGACUCAACUUAUGGCUUAUUCAAUGGACGAAAUCCCAGGAAGAACCCUCUAUAACACCUUUUCCCCUAGAUCAGAAUCUGUUGAUAAAUAUGUCCAAGUCGGCAAGCCUUCAGAUGAUAUUUUUUCUAUAAGAGAGCUAGAAAAGAAACACUAUAGAUACAUGCUUGAUGCUUUUCGGAAUCUUAGGUUUAAGCUCGAAAUUUCGUCAAAUAUCGAUUGUAUUGCUCCUCAUGAUAUAGAAAAAGAAAGCUGAGACGAAAACACAAAAAUCACAAUCACAGGAAGCACCAGAGAAAUCAAUGAAAAAAUAUCAUCACUUGUUUUUAAAGGGAUAAUGCAAAAUUACUCGUCAACUUCUACAUCACCUACCCUUACUAUUGCUAGAGCUCAGAGCAAGGCAAGCUUGCCUUCUAUAAAGUCAAGAAAGCCUUCAGUAGCAGGGAUAAUUGAAAUGAAAGAAAUAAGCAUACACAAGAAAAAUAUGAAAUCAGUAUCAGUGAUGCCUGAAAUAUUGAAAUCUGUUGAGCUAGCACCCCAAGAAACAGAAAUUAAGCUUGCUUGUAAUUUAAGACUGCUUAAUCUUGACCCAUUUUUGAUAACAGAAACAAGAGAUCUUCCACAUACUUGUUUAACGAGUACUAGGAAUAAGUAUGAUGAAAUUGAGUAUAUCCAAUGGAAAAUGCCUGAAAUUGCUGAUAGCAGAUUUGAUAUUGAUGAUAUUCUUGACUCAAAAUUUUCACAAGAAAGGUUGUCAUUUUUUACUUAUUUUAAAUCUGAAAAUGACCCUACAAGUGAUAGCAAAUACGCGUUUGAGGAAGAAGUUGCGGAGAGGCUUAAUUUGUAUAAGACUCUUUAUAAGCAUAAAAGAAGGCUGAGGAAAAUUUUUUUGAGUUAUAAUAUAGAGUCAAUGAAGGUGGCCAGAGAUGUCUUGACUAUGAAUUUAGUAAGUUUUAUUAGGCUGCUAAGUGAUUCUAUGGUGCUUAGUGGAAGAUUUGACACUUUAGACGCAGUUAAAAUAUUUUACGUCGCCUUUUCUCACAUAAAAUCUAAAGCCCAAGAAGCCUCAAAAAGCUGACUUCAUCAUCUUACUCGAUCAUAUAAUUUCAAAGAAAUCUAUCGUCUUUCUCUUUCAAACUUUAUCGAGGCCCUUAUCAGACUUGUCCACUCACACCCACGAUUUUCAUCUUUAACAAAUAUGAAACUCCAUCAAAAAUUUGAGCUCUUUUAUAAGCUUUACCUUAAACCUGGAGCAAGAAUAUCACAAGGAAUGUAUUAUAUAGAAUUAUUAAAAGACCUCCAUAUUAUAGAAAUUAUGAAACAUUUCACCCCUCAACUUUAUUUAAUGUUUAAUAGCAGCAUGACAAAAAUUGAAAGUAAACAAGUAAAAGGAGAUUUAAAUGAUAGACAUAGAAAAGUUGAGCUGCCAAAGCUUUUAAAGCUGCUGGAACAGUUUGGGAUUUUAAAAGGGCUGAAUCAUAUAGAAUAUGAAGAGGAAGAGGACAUUGAGAUCGAACUUAUUAAUGCUUCACCUGAGCUGAGAAAAAUAUCUGAAAUUAAAUCAGAUACGAAUUAUCCAAAAAAUAAACUAAAAAGGCCGAAAAGAGGCUCGAUAUAUUUCCCUACAUCAUUGGUAAGGAAACCUGAAAAUCUGAAUAUUCGGCCUAACGUUUUAAAAAAUUUGAAAAAUACUGGGUUAGCUUAUAAACAUAAUAUUCUCCCAUUUUCAAGACCUGUAAAGGAUACAUAUGAAAUUGAUAAACUAACAGCAUUUAGCUUGUACUCUGGAUUGCUUAUAAAAUCAAGCGGGAUCUUUCUUACUCCCCCCCUCCGUGAGUGAACAAAACCAUUAGAAAAAUCGCUAUUUUUUGCCCAAAAAUCCACCCUCCGUGAGUGAACAAAAAUUUUUUUAAUAGAAAAAUUUUUUAUGAGAAAAAAAAUUGAUAUAUAAAUGAUAAUUAUUAUAAUGAAAUCUAGAGCUAAUUCUGUUUAAUUUUAAACGAAUUGGUUUUUAAAAAAUAAAUUUUAUAAAUUAAAUUAAUAUUUGCUUUCCAAUUUUUGCGAAUUAGGAUUUUUUUAAAUUUCGAAAACAAAUUUUUUUUAUAAAAUUUAUAUAUAAAAUUUUUUUAAAAAAAAAAAAUUAACCCCCUCCGUGAGUGAGCAAAAUUUUUUUGUUCACUCACGGAGGGGGAGUUAGUGAUACUAAUUAUAUUAGUGAUAGCGAUUUCAUGCUGGAUUUUACUGAUUUUCUUGAGUUUUUUACUAUACUUGGUAUGCAUUUUUGGAAAACUAUAUCUUCGAAUGAAGAAUUGUCAAUAGUAUCAAGUGUGACAGAAUUUCUCCAAAAAAUAACUGAAGCUUUCGAAAAGCAUGAUUUUGGAAUCAUUAACACUCUCUCUAAAAACAAAAAAUAUAUAUUCUUAAGGACUUUGACAGCAGAUGUUGAUAUUUUUACUGAUAGACCUUUAAUUUCGGCAGCUGUUUAUCCACAAGAACGAUUUCACCAAAGAAGAUAUUCAUAUAUUUAA